UGUUCAAGGCCUUUCCACCUACCCGAGGGGAUAUAGUCUGCAGGGCAGUGUGUAUUCCGUCACCAUGGGCUUUCUUUUCCUGCCUUCGGACUCUGGAUUCAUGGCUCUGCAUGUAGCUGUUCUGUGAGAGCACUGCUCAGCAGGCACAGGCCCACCGCAUACCUGUAAGGGUAAAGAGGAACCCGCCAGGGCGCUGACAGCCGCUUGGGAGCCAGGGAGCCGCUGUGCACUCGGAAGAGAAUGGAACACCUUCAGAAGAGCACAUAUGGAACUAUAGUUCAAGGACCAGAAGCCCACUGUGUACAAGAAUCUAGCUGCCUGAGGAUCCUCCUGGUGGGCAAAUCUGGCUGCGGUAAAAGCGCCACAGGGAACAGCAUCCUCCGACGACCAGCAUUCCAGUCCAGGCUCAGAGGCCAGUCUGUGACCAGGACCAGCCAGGCAGAGACAGGCACAUGGGAGGGGAGGAGCAUCCUAGUGGUAGACACACCCCCCAUCUUUGAGUCAAAGGCCCAGAACCAAGACAUGGACAAGGACAUCGGAGACUGCUACCUGCUGUGUGCCCCAGGACCCCAUGUGUUGUUACUGGUGACCCAGCUGGGACGCUUCACAGCUGAAGAUGCCAUGGCUGUGAGGAUGGUGAAGGAGGUCUUUGGGGUAGGGGUCAUGAGGCACAUGAUCGUCCUCUUCACCCGCAAGGAAGACCUGGAAGAGAAGUCCUUGGAAGAGUUUGUGACCCACACUGACAACCGCAGCCUGCGCAGCCUGACUCAGGAGUGUGGGAGGAGGUACUGUGCCUUCAACAACAGGGCCUCUGGGGAGGAGCAGCAGGGGCAGCUGGCAGAGCUCAUGGCCCUGGUGAGGAGGCUGGAACAGGAGUGUGAGGGCUCCUUCCACAGCAAUGACCUCUUCCUUCAUGCUGAGGCACUCCUUAGAGAAGGUUACAGUGUGCACCAGGAAGCCUAUAGGUGCUACCUGGCCAAGGUGAGGCAGGAGGUGGAGAAGCAGAGGCGGGAGCUGGAGGAGCAGGAGGGCAGCUGGAUAGCUAAAAUGAUUUGCACAGUCAAGUCCUGCUGGAGCUCCCACACUGCAGCAUGUGCUCUUCUUAUUGUGCUUGGUUUGACUCUUCUCACCACUUUCAUUAACUUGUGUAUUAGCAGGUGUAAAUGAGCCUUUUUUGGGUGAUUUCUUCCAUCAUCCUUGUCCCCCAAAGUUCCCCAUCUCAUGUCAGGGAACCUCAGUCUUCAAUUAAUUUCACUCUCAUUUGAUUCCCAUGGAUCAGACAUGCCAGGGAAUCUUCUUUUAAAUACAGUUAGAUUAAAUAAAGGAUGAAAGAAAAAUGUAUUUCUCUCUUUGUUGAAGUUGUGAGGAUAGAUGAUGAAGCAAGUAGCUACCAUUAUAAAGGUCUGGGGGCUUGCACAAAGGAAGACACAUGGACUGUUGUGGCAGUGGGUGUAUCACUUCUAGAUCCCCACUUCCUACAGAUGUGAUGUCAAGAGGAGAAAUACACAAAGCUGAGAGCAGAGUCAUACUUUAGUCAAGUAUACCCUGACUUUCAUGGUACCAAUAAAGUCAGAACUCCAUCAUAAUUCCACCCCGAGAAAGAUAAAGAUGGUGUGCAUGAAGCACUGAGGUGGGAGGGCCAGGACAUGAGUGGGGACCAAGUGAAGAGGUUACAGGAGCAGGGUAGGUCUUAUCCCAGAAAAAGCAGGGUCAGCAGUCAAGAAUCACAUGAGCCAGAAAGUCUAUGGUCAGAGAUACAAAGGGCCAGAGGUGUGUAUCUUGGGCUUGGAAGAUUGUGUGGUGAGCAUUAUAGGCCCUCAACAACUCAUGCAGGCAAAAGCCACUAUGAUACAUAAACCUGAUGAGCACUAAGUUUUUGAAGUACAUGUAAUUUUCAUGUAUGACACUAGAACAUUGUUCUCCUGAAUCCUUCAGCUAUUUAA